AUGUUAUUUUCUUAAAGAUAAUCAAACCUGUUUGAGGAGAUGGAAUCGAUACCAAUCAAUAAGAUGCCUUAAGGGUCCUCACGUUCUAGAAAUUUAUCUAAUGAUAGACCAUAAACUAACGAGCGAUCUAUUAAGCUAUCAAUAGAGAAUAGUAGACAAAGGCAUAAGGCGGAAUCCUAUUCUGUUGAAAAAUCAUUAAAUUUGAGCUCUUAGAAUUAAAAGGUUGAAAAUCUAGUGGCUUCAUGGAUACUACAAAAGAAUUCAUCAUCUCUCAAUUCAAGUUCAAAUAAUGUUCAACCAAGUAUACUCUUCCAAAGUAUUCUAGCUUCUUAAUUUGAAAGCCAAGGAAGACAAUCGAAUCGACCCCACAUUAUCAUAGAAGAAGAGCUCCUAUUCACAGAAGAAGGAGAUUAAUAGAAUGGUAAUCAAUCCAAUAAAGUGAACUAAAAUAAACAUAAAACACCAAGCACCACACGUCCUCAUGCUAAGAGCAUAAAAGAAUAAUGUAUUCUACUUAUAUAUGAAGAAAGUUUUGAUGUCAAAAAAAAUUGUAUGGAAAGAAAUGUUCCUAAAAAACCCUUAAACUCAUAUGCUCAACGACCUCAAACUACAAAAAUGCAAACUUCUACUUAAGUUAAAUCUACGCCUUUGGUUUACAAGGAUAAUUCUCUUCACAACCCAAUGAAAUCAUCAUAGAUAGAACAAGCUAAAUUUAGUAAUCUUUAUAGUGGAUCAAAUAGUUAUAGCAACAACAUCAAGAAUAGAAACAGACAAAAUAAUUACCAAAAAAUUGUUAAGAAAGAUAAUAUAACUUCAAAUUCAGAAUUCUAAUUGGAUAAUCAAUGCAUUCCUGAUUUGAUCAGAUUAAAGGAUCUUAUCCUAUCAACAUACCUAAAAUAGAAUAGACCUCUCAUUAAUUCCUAAAAUCAAAUAGUUAAAAAUUUUGAUGAAAUCGUAGCAAUCUUAAAAUAAGACUUUCCCAAUCAUAUUUGA